UCCCAUAAUGCCUUUCGUCCAUUCGAAACAUGGCGUCCAAACAAAACUCUCGCGUGAUCCUGCGUAGUCGCCCUGGAAAAGUGAAUCCUCCAAGCUUAGAAAACUUUGCCGUUGAGCCCGUCGAGCCACCAUUAGUGUGCGAGCAAGGAGAGAUCCUUGUGAAGACGCUUUACCUAUCUGUGGACCCAUACAUGCGAAGUAGAAUGAACGAGGGUGGAAGUGUUGGUUACAUAGCACCAUUCGAGAUAGGGAAAGUUCUUUCGGGUGGUGGUGUCGGCAGAGUAGAAGAAAGCAAAUCUGACAAGUUCAGCGUUGGAGAUAUUGUAGAAUGCUUUGGUUUCCCAUGGCAACACUAUUGCGUACUACCUGAAGACCAUCAAUCACUGAGAAAGGUGGAGAGUGAAAUUGUAUGUGAGAAUCCCUCACUGGCCCUUGGUCUCUGUGGUCUGACAGCACUUACAUCACUGAUUGCCUUACAAGAGAGAGGGCAUAUUGUUCCUGGGCAAAACCAGACAGUAGUGGUAACUGGUGCCGCAGGGGCAUGUGGUUCCGCAGCAGGCCAGAUCGCCAAAAUUUUUGGCUGUGGAAAACUUGUUGGGAUUUGUGGUAGUGAGGAGAAAUGUCAGUAUAUCAAAGAGCUUGGCUUUGAUUCCUCCAUCAACUACAAGCAAGUUGACAAUAUGGCAGAAGAGUUGCGGAAACACUGUCCUCAGGGCAUUGAUGUGUACUUCGAUAAUGUUGGUGGGGAGAUAAGCAAUGAAAUCAUCAGACUUAUGAACAAGAAUUCCCAUGUGAUAAUUUGUGGCCAGAUCUCCACCUACAACCAAGACAUCCCCUACCCCAACCCACUUCCACAAGACGUCCAAGAGAUCGUAACCAAACAGAACAUCACACGUGAGAGGUUUCUGGUCCUGGACUUCAGUCCACUUAUUCCUGCAGCCCGUGCACAGCUCGAGGUCUGGGUCAAAGAGGGCAAACUAAAAAAUAGGGAGACAGUGGAAGACGGGCUAGAGAAUGUGGCUAAGGCUUUUCUGUCAAUGAUGUCUGGGGGAAACAUCGGGAAGCAGGUUGUGAAGGUGGCAUGAAUACAAAAAAGUACUUUUGAUUACGUUUGAUUUUAAGCCAAAUUCUAGGUAUCGCGACUGCCCAGAAUUCAGUUUUUCUUGAGAGACUAGCAUUUAGCCAAUAAACCACUGGGUUGAUCAGUUUCUGUAUUCUAUGCAGUCAAAUUUUUUAUGGCGCGAGAGAGAAAACAAAACAGUUAUUGAUCGGUUAGCAAAUUAAGAAGUGACAUAAACUCUGAAUCUACAUCUAUGGAAUCCCUCUUCAUAGAAAUCAUCAAAAAAAAAUCUAAAAACACAUUUAAUUGGAGUUAUCUACAGACCACCAGACUCAAAUGUAAAUGAUUUUUUGAACGAGAUGGAACUUUUAACAACAAGACUAAACACUGAAAACAAAAAAUUCUAUAUUCUUGGUGAUUUUAAUUUUAACCUUAUAAAUAUUGAAUAUCAUGAAUUAACAAGGCAAUUUUUUGAUAUUAUGUACUCUUCUUUGAUGAUUCCUACUAUAAGCAAACCUACUAGAAUAACAAGUCAUAGUGCAACACUUAUUGACAAUAUUUUUACUAACAAUAUAAACAUGCAAGAUUCAUUCAGUGGAUUACAGUACCGCUCUCGAACAUGUGGACAUAUGUUCGCGAAAUUGUUCGCGAAAUUCGCGAACAACGUUCGCGAACAGCUUUUGUUCGCGAACACAGACUCACUGAUACUCACUUAAAAUACAUACAGGAAUUCUGCAAGCAAUUCAAAUAAAUUGUUCGUGUAAAAGUCAGCUGAGAGCUAUGGUUAUCGUUAAAAUCAGAAACAACAAAUUCAGUCUGAUAUGCCUCGAGUUCAAUUAUUUGUAGACGAUCCAGACAAGACACUUUCAAGUUUGAGAAAUAAAGACGACAAAGAUGGCGGAUGAAAGCCAAAGCAUGCGAGGGAUUCGAUCGUGAAUUUACGAGGGCAGACACAGGCAAAAAAGUUAGUUUAUUCUCAAAAGCUUGCCCCGAAGAUGGAAGGAAUGUCGAUCGCUUGAUAUUCUUCGAAGAUUGCCGAAUGUGUGACAACUGCUAGCGAAUACUUUUGAACAGCGGGAAGCCAUUUAUUUAACAAAUACUUGUAUUACACACGGGAGAAUUAAUUUUGGGAAGGAAUGCCGAUCGAAUGUGUGAAAACUGCUAGCGAAGAAUUUUGAAAUUUUAUUUGACAAAGACUUGUAAUAAAUGUAAAAAUGUUAAAAAUAACAACCAAGAAAUUUCAAAUCCAAAGGAUAUUGCUGGUAAAUUUACUGAUUAUUUUACAAAUAUAGGGCCAAACCUUUAAAAAAAUACGAAAAUUGAUAUAAAAUCGUACUUAAAGGGUAACUAUAGCAAUAGUUUGCUCUUCCGUCUUACCACGCCUGAUGAAAUAAAAGAAAUAACACUUUCUCUAAAAAA